AACAGGUUGGAGAGAUGACGUCUUUCAAAUGUACAUAUUACAAAGUUGUUCCGUUAUAUGAUGAUUCUGUUGAUGGUAACAGCUCGAAAUUAUUCAGAUACACCUUUUUAAUUAGUACGACGAACUGCUUUUCGUCGCUUGAAUAUUUUUUUCAAAAACGGAGAUAAGGUAAUGUCUUAAAUAGACCCUGCAAACAUUUGUGAAAUGAUAAUCCUGUUGAUGGUAACAGGUCGGAAUAAUUUAGAUAUACUUCUGAGGUCUGGACGCUUUUUAUCGCCCGAAUUGUGUUCAACAACCGACGGUAACAUGAAGUUUGCAAUUAACCCUACAAAGAUUUGAGAAGUUACAUGAUAAUCCUGAUGAUGGUAGCAGCUUGAAAUCAAAGAUUUGAUAUCGAUAUGACAGACUAUAUAUGUUUGAGAGAAAUCUCGAAGCGACACAGAAACAGGUUUCUACCUACAGAUUGUGCUUGUAAUCUGUCUCAGCCGUUUAUUGCAGCCAUGAUGAUGUUAACAUUGUUCUGCGUCUUCGCCUUUCUAUCACCGAGUCUAGCGGCAGUGUCGAAAGCAGUGGACAAGUUGUUAGAAUCGGUAAUGGAUGAAGUCACAGUUGACCCAGAGAAGGAAUAUGAAUGUCUUCUUUACCGUUUGGAGAACAAACUUGACAGACUGGAGGAUAGAAUGACUAGGCUGGAAACUCGACAUGAGAACCAAACCUGGAGGCCACCCGUCAAACCAACAGGUCGACAAUAUGCAUUCAGCGCAUACCUGUCUGUCAGCAAUAGUGGCCUUCGUAGCAGUGGUGAUCUGAAGUUUACCACAGCCAUCUCGAAUGUCGGAGGAGCUUAUAACGAGCACAGUGGUGUGUUCACAGCAAAGGCUAAAGGCGUAUACGUCUUCACUAUCUUUGCGCAUACCUAUUCCUAUGCGAAGUCAUGUACCCUAAAUAUCAUCCACAACAACGAAACCAUCGCGAGUUCCUAUAGCUACGACAGGUAUGGCUAUCCUACAUUUGGUAACACCGUCGUGGUUCAACUGAGUAGAAAAGAUGUGGUAUAUGUUGCCAUAAAGUCAUCAAGUCAGUGCUAUCUGAGUGGCAAAUAUUCAACCUUCACAGGGUUUCAGCUGGGUGACUAAGAAUAUCGGACAACAGCAGUUUGCCAACUGAUGCAUGUAACUGUUACUCUCCUGUUUGAGCUCACACCUAGUGCUUUUUACUUUCUUAAACUAUAAUAUUUAUCUUAUUUUCUUUACCAUAUUUCAGCAUAAUUCUGUGAACACUGAACUGAUACAAAAGCUAAAACUCGAAAACUAAUUUGACAAACCCGACAAAAAUGUACAGAUAUAUAUUUGAUAUUUGGCUUACCGUUAAAUAUAUGAACUUCGAAUAUCCAAAAUUUCGGUAGAAACCAUUGAAGUUUACGUAUUAGUCAAUGAUAUGUUAGUUUUGUCCGUGAUCUUUCAGGCCAAUGUCAUAUUACCCAUAUUUUAAAUAAUGACAUUUCCCUUUUUCUUGCAUCGUUGUUAUUUCUACGCGCUUAGUUUUCUUUCUGAAUAAAGCUUCAAAAUGCA